AUGUAUCCUGUGCCUUUUCAGGGGGAUAUGUCUAGCUAUACCGGAUUUAAAUCUGCCGAAGAAUCCAAACCCGGGAUGGUACCACAACCUGUUCCAAGGGUUGGCACUCCAGGCAGCCUCAGCACAAGUCCGCGCCGAUUCAGAGAACGAGUCUACUACUAUGAUGAUGAAGCCAAUGAAGUCCACGUUUCCGACCCGGAAACAUCUUCCAGGCAUCACACAAAUCUUGAACAGUUGAAUGCUCCAGCUCACGCAAAUCCACCUCAGGACAAUUCACCUCACGGUAGUCAAUCCCAACAAUAUAAAGCAUACUACAUCGACGAAAAUACUGGCAAAAGAAUCACCAUUUCGCCGAACAUACCUCGAGCAAAGCAUAGAUCUCGUCGCCUUGAACUCACCAGGGAAGGCAGCGGAGAGUUUGAAGUCAAGCUUUGGCAUGAGGGAGGUGAUCACACAUGCAAGAAGAAAGUUCGAGUUGUUAGUGGACCGGGUGGUGUUGAUGAUGUUGAUAUUGACCUCAGCGACUGCCGGAUUUGUCAGGGUCAAGAACCUCAUGAGCCCUCCACAAGCACCAAGGAGGAUGAGCAGCAGAAAAAACGGCUAGAGGAACAGAAAUUGAAAGAUAAGAUCCGUCAGGAGGAAUAUGCAAAGAUAAAGGCCGAUGAAAAACUAAAACUUGAAAUUCGCAGGGAAUUGCAACUUGAAGAUGCACAACGCCAGGAAUCAGCGCGGUUACAAAAGCUCGAAGCCGAAAAGCGGGCCAAUGAGAAGGAAGCCGAGCGUCGGGUAGCUGCAGAGGCCGAGAAAGAGCGGAUCAAAAAUCUCCUUGAAACCGAAUUGAAGAAACGUAAUGAGGUUCACCUAGCUGAGCUUGAAGCUGAGAAGGAGCGUCGUCUUCAAAUGGAACGUAUCCUAAGAGAGGAAGUCAAACAACACCAACUUGCUGUAGAGAUGCAAAGGGUGAGAAACGAUCAGUUAGUCAAGAUCGAGGAAGAGCGAAGAAGGGAGCAAGAAGAUAAAACCAGGGAGGAGGCUAAACAACGAGAGAUUCUCAUUCAAGCCGAACAGGAAAAGAUACGCCGCGAGAUUUCCGCUGAGUUUGAAAAGAGGGAACGAAUCCGGCUCGCAGAAGUUGAGGCGGAAAAGAAGAAAAUUGAGGCGGAGGCACGAAAACUCCAAGAGGAAACCAAGAAUUUACAAUUAUCAAUGGAGAUUGAAAGGGAAAGACUCGCUAAUCUAGCAAAACUUGCGGCCGAAGAGAAGAGAAAAAUUGAGCAACAAAAGGAGGUCGCAGAAAUUGCCCGUCAAUCUAGACUCGAUCUGCUCGAUCAGGAGCGCCGUCACAUGAUCGAAGAGAUUAAUAGAAACAAGUCAGAGCAGGAUCGGAUUCGGGCGGAGGAGUGGGAGAAGAUUCGGGCGGAGGAGAUAAAGCGAAUGAGAGAAGAAAUUAGGAAAGAACUCAGCGAGCAGGAGGCUCGAAGAACCGCAGAUGAACAAGUCAAAAUUGAAACCCUUAGACUCCAUCAACUCGAAUCGGAUCGUAACAAGUUAAAUGAGCAGAUUCGCAUUCAGCUGGAAGCUAGUAAGGAGGAGGUCAAAAAACAAGUUCGCAACGAACUCGAAAAAGAGGAGGAGAUGAGAUCCAUACGUCUUCAGGCUGAAUACGCCGCUUUGAAGGCAAGAGCGGAGGCCGAAGCUCGCUCCAAAGAACAAGCUCAGCUACGCUCUCUUGCCGAAGCGCAGGAAAAGAAGCGGAUUGAGGACAAAAUUGCUCAUGAGGAGGGUAUAAAGCGACAUCAGCGUGAGCAAUCUGAAGCGGCAAUGAGAAAACAUGCUCAGGCUCAGGCAAUGGCACUAGAACAGGAGCGACUCAAAAAAUUAUACGAAGCGGAAGCUGCGAAAGCAGCCACCAUGACCGCAGCAGCCGCUGAGGAGAAUGAGAUGAGAAGAAUCAUUAGAGCGGAGAUUAAGGAGGAUAUGAGGAAGUCACGUGGGCAGAAUGAGGCACAGACAGAGGGGGUUUUAGGAAUGACGAGCAGGUUGCUGACGCACAGGAACAGGGUGCAGGUGCGUUGGGAUACGGAGGAUUAA